CUAGUAUACCACUGUGACGAAAGAGCAUGUCCCAAAAGAAAAAUAUAUCCAACUGUAAAACAAAGCUCUGUGUCGGAAGAGGUUUUGAGGUCACCAGAAAGAUUUAUAGAAAAAAAUGAUUGGUUUUAUGCAAUGGUUGUUGGGGUUCGCUUUUGCUUCACUUCUCUGAGAUCAAGUCCGGAUGGUGGCAAUUUUUUUCAUAGUCUGGAUUUAGUGAGUUAGACAUGGCAGCUUGUUAUUUCAAGCUUCAACCCCAAUUGUAUGGUGUUGGUAUCAAUUUGUUGUGGUGAUGAACGUUUGAUGUUGACUAGUGACUAGUGAUUUGAUGUGGGGAGAUGGAUUUGGAGUUUGAGAAGUACUGCGCAUUGGAUGGAAGUCCAAGCCCAACAACGGUGCUUCUCCCAGUUACCCCCGUCCAUCAGAAACUCGAGAAGAUGAUCUCACGGGAAAGAUCAUUUAGCAACAACAACUACUUGUUCAGGAGCGAAGACUACUUCUUCACCCAUACAUCAGUAGAUGAUGGUGAGGAUUUGCUUAGGCGGAGUUCCUCCAAUAUGCAAAAACCAGACAGUGGUAAGGAGAGGACAAAGAUAGAAUUCUCACGAGAUAGCGCCGCCGCAUUCUCAUUUGGAAUUGUUGACACAUUGUGUGGUUUGGAUGAUGAUUACGCAGUCUCAUCAAGCCCAGCAGCAGGCUAUAGCAGUGGCAGAAGACUUAGCAAAAAUCUCCACCCUGACCUGUUUAAUCUCAGUGCUGCUGCUGCAAUGUUACCAGCACCUCAUUCGCCUUUCUGGUCAGAAAACAGUGGCUCGAGAGCCAGUAGCAGCAGUAGUUGUAGUCCAAAAGCAGUCCGGUUUGGUCCUAUGAAAAGGCCAUUUGGUAAAAGAAUCAAAUUCCCCAGAAAAGGAAAUAGUGUAUUGGGCAAUUUGGCUGCAGCGGUUGAAUCUGGGGUUGGGCCGCCGCCAAAUUGGGUUACUCCUCCUACCACAGAAAGUGUUAAUGGGGGAAAGCGAGAUUUUUCAAACAUGGCUUCAUGCUUGCAAGGUGUCCUCAAGCUGGAGAAGAAACGACAUGGCUUCAUUCAGUUUUCAGUACCCUUCUCUGAAGAAGACAUAGUUUUUGUGGCCGAGGAGAAGUGGAAUUCAGGGUAUGAGUUCCGUUCUCUUCCUAGUAAUAAUAGAAAGAAUGAGGAGAACCACUAUAGACUCAAAGAGCCAUCCUCAUCUUUUAUUGUCGGGCAUAUGAGGACGUCUUGUCGUAUCAGUACAGAACUAAAACACCAUCCGGGAAUUUGUAAUAACAACGACAACAACUUUUUCGUCAUGGAAUUUGUAUUGUAUGACAUGAGAGAAAAUGGUUCAUUUCUCAAAAGUUUAUAUGCUCCUUCCCCCGAUGAUGUUUUAUCUGGGACAGGUAAUAUUGGCGCUAGAAAGAAGUCUCCUGCUCCUACUGCUAUUCAUAAUGAUGAUCCACCUUUGGAAUUGCGACCGGAGCUUGAACUUGCAGCGAUUGUGAUUGAAUUGCCAUUCGCUUUGAAAAAUAGAAACUGGUGCGAGAACAAGUUGUUGAGAUCUGAGGACGAUGCUUGUUGCGAAUAUAAUAGUAACAACAACGGUCUGAGGCAUGUGAAGAUGAUGAAUGUGGUGCUCCCAUCAGCUGGGGGGUGUCACAGUCUGCCAACAACCGAAAGCCGAGAGGCCCUGCAUCCGUUGAUAGAUAGAUGGCGGCUAGGUGGAGGUUGUGACUGUGGUGGCUGGGACCUGGCUUGCCCCCUAAGAGUUUUUGACAUUACAAAUGCCCAGAUUGGCAACGACGACGACUCUCCACUCAUAAACAACCAAAAGCCAUUUGAACUUUUCCUUCAGGGAAAGAAAGGCAAGGCACCAGCAUUGACGAUGAUGGCAUUGACGGAUGAUGGGCAACAAUAUGCUGUCAGCUUCCAGCAUGACUUAUCUGUGUUACAAGCAUUCUCCAUUUGUGUUUCAGUUCUUCACACCACGGAGGCCUUAGCAGCAGGUUCUAUGGAGCGCAGGAGAGGCAAAAAUGUAAAAUCCUUGCAGCAAAGAAUGUUUGCCAAGCACGACUUUGGUAGUUUGACCGAAGCGGUUAGGCAGCAAGAGAAGGCGAAAGGUAACAGAAAGGUUGACCAAUCUCUUCCUUUAUUUGUUGUCAACCCUCUCUUCUCUUCCAUUGCUCGAAUAUGAGUUUGCAAAUUUGUUAUAUUUUCAAGUCUUGAGAAGGAGAAGAAAAGCAAGGAUGAAUAAUAUUCAUACAAUUAAUUAGUUGAUAGCUUAGGGGAUAUAAAUAUCAUAAAUUCUUUUGCUUUUAGAAGAAUAUCCUAGAUAGAUGUGUUUUGGAGAUUUAUGUAACAAGAGGAGUUGAGACAAGAAGGGAAGGGGAAGUAUGUUUGACUUUGAUUUCCGGAUUUGAAAACUCCAGCAGCACUUGACGUUCUUUGUUUACACACACAUACCACUUGGUUGGUUGCAGGUUUGUUGAGCUGGAUGGGCGCCAGGGCUUUAAUUGAACCAAUAUGUUUCUAUAUUAUGGUUGUUUCCAGUCAAACUAAGGUUUACGGUAUUAUGUCGUUAGCAUAAAAGGAUCUAUCACUAACAGCGUUAAUCUUUAUGAAUUGGGGUUGGUCCAUUAAAAUUAGACCUUUUUAGUUUUUGGAGUACAAAAGUAAAUGUUAUGGAUAAAAAUAAGUCCACAUUCAAAAAAUUCCAAAAUUAAAACUAAACUACUACCGGUAACCAUGAUCAUGACCAAUCCGAUCAGGGACCAAUCUAAUCACUCACCAUGAUCAAACUCACCAAAGACUAACUAGACUAGUGACAAAUCCAACCAGAGACCAAUUCGACUAGUGACCAUGACCAACCAUAUAGUCACUAUGACCAACUCGACCACUGAUCAUGACCAAUCCAAUUAGUGACCAUGAUCAACCCGCCAUUGAACAACCCGGCCAGUGACCUUUGCCUCCUUUACCUUUAAUGACCGGCCUUGCCCCGACUGUUGCCACCUCCCUCGACCGCCCUCCCCCAAUGACCGCCCGACCUUUGCCUCCUUUACCUUUAAUGACCGGCCUUGCCCCGACUGUUGCCACCUCCCUCGACCACCCUCCCCCAAUGACCGCCCGACCUAGUGACAAUAACUGUCCUGUACUUGCACCCUCCUCAGCCACCUCUUUAGCCCACCUUCCAAACCCUAGCCUCUUCCCAAAUUGCUGCACCACCACCCACAACCUUAGUCAUCCAGAUUUAGCCGUACUGUUGCUCCAAGUCGAUCUGAAACUUGUCCGUCAUUCUGGCGGUGCUCAACAAAAUAGGAGAAGAGUCAUGCUUCGAACCUAGCCACCUAGGGCAGGAAAGUUAGACAAGAACGACGGUGCCAUGGUUGUAUAGAGUCGUCACUCAUCAUCGCCCUUGUCGCUCGCCGUUGCCUUCGCCGCUCACCAUCUCUGCUCUCCGCUCGCCUCGUAUCCCGUUUUCAUUUAUCACAAUCGCAGCUGAUAUGAGAAAUGAAUAGGGUGAUCGAUAGGGAUUGGAGACGGAAAA